AUGGACGUAGACACCGAGUUGCGGCUCGGUUCGAUAGAGCAAAACCCAGCUCGAAGAGUGUCCGACCCGCAACCCUUGGAAGUGAUCCAAUCUGCAGAACAUACCGCCCCCUCACUCGCUGUCAAACUGCCAGAAGUUCCUACCGAGUUGCGGUUUGGUUCCACGGAGCACGAUUCAGCUCGAAGAACUUCAGUCUCUCAACCAUGGGCGAUCCAGUCUCUAAGAUCACGCAAAAGACCUGCCGCAGGGACGUUUCACCCCGCAAGUCCAUCAAGAAAAAGAACUAGAGAAUUGAGGGCUUUUGUCAACUUUCCGAUUCUUCACGAUCCACCCGGAACGAUAGAUUUCUUGAAGACAUUUGAUAAACCAUCAGCAACAAAAACUUCAACAACACAUCAGACUUAUCAUGAGAUCCGAAAGCCAACUGAUUAUCAUGGUUUGAUUGUGACAGAAAAUCGCAACAGUGUUGCUUCAAGCCAUACUGCUGCUACCAAGAAUCGAUUAGGCUCUAUGGAUAGCCGGUUGGAAGGUCCAGGACUCACUCAACCUUCACUAUAUUCCGACUUGUACGAUAACCUCCGGAAUCGGUACAAAAAAAUCGCCGCGCAGCAGACGGCAGUGGACAAUCCAUCUAGAGCAACCUCUUUUGCCUUCAACUCGAACCCCUACAAGGCAAGUGGUUCAUCUGAGAAACAAUUGUUCCGGGCGAACCAGAUGAAGCGCGCUUCCAACCCAGCUUCAAAUUUGGGAGCGGUGAAUGUACAAGCACCUGCGCUCAAUAGCAUCGAACAUGUCCGGCAGCGGUUAAAUCAGAUCCAGCGUACUCGUCCUAGGCCUAUACCACCGGCUGGACUGUUCGAGUUUGGUGCAGAUAAUUUCGAUCAACUCGGGAGCAACUCGUUGAGAAAAGACUUGAUUCGAAUCCCAGGAAAACCUGGAACAGACAAUUUCUUACGAAACCAGAAGAUUUUCGGUUUAUUCAAAGAUGGUCGUGGAACGCUGCGCCGAUAUGCCUCAAGGGAGGCCCCCACAAACGCGAGGUCGAGGGAGCCUAAUUCGAGACGGGAAGUGUUAGAACGAGCCUGCGAUAAGCUCAAGAAGCAGGAAGCCGUCUGGUUUAGUUUCUGGUCUGAAUCUGGCCUCAAAAUCGCGAUCCCUCCAGAGAUUCAAAAAGAUCGUCUUCUUCGAAGGAUGUUUCCGUCUUAUCUGUUUUUUGUCGACAUGCUCGACAACAUCAUUGUUUCGCCAGCAAGUCUGGAAACCGAUCAACUCUACAAGCAUGAGCAUUUUAAGACUGCAAUAACUGACUUCGAGGAUUUUGCAAACCUUUCCUUCAAAACUCCCGAAGAGCGCGAAGUGAUCAGGCUUAGAUAUCAAACGGAAAAGAAGAAGGAGGAACAGUAUGGAAAGGAGAGGGCUCACAAACCCAGAAUCUCUCAAAUCCUGUGGGAUUUCAUCGAGUAUUGGAUCCGUCACUCGGCCAGCAUUGAGAUCCAAAGCCUCUUUGCCAAAAGUGAAACUGAUUUCAAGGGUUUCUUCGAAGACAUCUUUCGGGAUUCGGUCGAAAAAUUGAAAACUCCAAUAUCUGGUACUGGUGCUUACUCAAAGCCUCUUCAGUAUAUCUGA